UCCUCAGGGCACUUGGGGCUGCUUUUCUGCAAAAUACUGAGAUGUGAGGGACCUUCAAAUCCUGUGGGUGACCAGUUCUCCCUGAGUAACUCAGGGCACUCCAGCAGACCUAUCUUGUGCAGGAAGGGUGGCACACUUGAUCUCCCACCUUCUCCAGCCCCCUCUCCUGGCUACUCUGAUACAGCCGCCCUAUCUCCAGGGGCUGCAUUCAGAUCAGCUUCCAUGAGGGCAAGCACUUCACAGGGCAGAAGCCGCAGGUCUUUGGAGACUGCGACAGCUUCCAGGACCAAGGCCUCAUGAACCGGGUGAACUCCGUCGGUGUGGAGAGCGGAGCCUGGGUGUGCUUCGACCCCCCGGACUUCCGGGGCCAGCGGUUCAUCCUGGAGCGUGGCAACUACCCCGACUUCUUCCACUGGAAUGCCCACAACGACCACAUGGGCUCCCGUCGGCCUGUGGGCAUGCACGGGGAGCAUUUCUGCUUAGAAAUCUUCGAGGGCUGCAACUUCACGGGCCAGUGCCUAGAACUCCAGGAUGACUGCCCCUUCCUUCAGAGUCGGGGCUGGACCGACUGUGUCAAUGCUGUCAAAGUGUACGGGGACGGAGCGUGGGACCUGUACGAGGAGCCCAACUACCACGGCCGCAUGUACCUGGUGGAGCGCGGCGACUUCCGCAGCUUCGCCGACUGGGAGGCCCACAGCGCCCGCGUCCAGUCCCUCCGCAGCGUCGUCAACUUCUUCUAGCCGCAGAGCAGGGGAGGCGGGGCUGGGGGCGGCCCCUUUCCGCCCCACCUGGGACUGGGGCCUGGGGAAUAAAGGUCAUGAAAGUGGGCAGGGGAGCUGGCCUGAG